CUGGACUGGACCACCGGACUUUAAGCAGACUAGCACCGUCCGGAGCAGGGACAGUGGCUCCUCUGUGUAGCCGGACAGAGCGGCACUGUGCUCGGACUAGGAAACCAUAACCGUUCCCGGUCCUCUGGAGCAGCGGCGGCAGCGGCGGCAGCGGCGGGGCUGAAUGCAGGAGGACACGGGGAGCAGCUGUCAGUGAGUGAGUGACGGAACAUGGCUUCUUCUCCCGUCACCCCAGCAUCGCUCGAAGGAGGGACACCUUCGCCCACUGGGAACGAGGAGCUCUCCACCACCCGACAGUCGGACAGUAACACCAGUUUCCUGCGAGCAGCAAGAGCAGGGAACAUCGACAAAGUUUUGGAAUACCUGAAAGGAGGAGUGGACAUCAGUACGUCCAAUCAGAAUGGUCUUAAUGCACUGCAUCUGGCAGCCAAGGAGGGCCAUGUGGAUCUGGUCCAGGAACUGCUGGACAGAGGUGCAGCGGUCGAUUCAGCCACUAAGAAGGGAAACACAGCACUUCACAUAGCCUCUCUCGCUGGUCAGGUUGAAGUAGUGAAGAUCCUGAUCAAACGAGGAGCGGACAUCAACUCUCAGUCUCAGAAUGGAUUCACUCCCUUGUACAUGGCCGCUCAGGAGAAUCACAUGGAUGUGGUGCGAUACCUUCUGGAAAAUGGAGGCAACCAGAGCACUGCUACAGAGGACGGCUUCACCCCUCUGGCAAUCGCCCUCCAGCAGGGCCACAACCAGGUGGUUUCUGUCUUACUGGAGAACGAUACUAAGGGCAAGGUCCGCCUGCCUGCCUUGCAUAUUGCCGCUCGCAAGGAUGAUACCAAGUCGGCGGCCCUGCUCCUCCAGAACGACCACAACGCCGAUGUCCAGUCCAAGAUGAUGGUCAAUAGGACUACUGAGAGUGGAUUCACCCCCCUGCAUAUCGCCGCCCACUAUGGGAACGUCAAUGUGGCCACGCUCCUGCUGAACCGAGGGGCAGCAGUCGACUUCACUGCGAGGAAUGGGAUUACUCCGCUACACGUGGCCUCCAAGCGUGGCAACACUAACAUGGUUCGUCUGUUAUCGGACCGUGGUUCACAGAUUGAUGCUAAAACGAGGGAUGGUCUCACGCCGCUCCACUGUGCGGCUCGGAGUGGACAUGAUCCAGCUGUCGAGGUGCUGCUGGAGAGAGGAGCCCCCUUAUUGGCCAGGACAAAGAACGGACUGUCUCCUCUCCACAUGGCAGCGCAAGGGGAUCACGUCGACUGCGUCAAACAUCUUCUGCAGCACACAGCGCCUGUUGAUGAUGUCACAUUGGACUACCUGACAGCGCUCCAUGUGGCGGCGCACUGUGGUCAUUACAAAGUCACCAAACUUCUGCUGGACAAGAGGGCCAACCCCAACGCCAGGGCUCUGAAUGGCUUCACUCCACUGCACAUAGCCUGUAAGAAGAACCGCGUAAAGGUGAUGGAGCUGCUGGUCAAGUAUGGAGCCUCUAUCCAGGCCAUCACGGAGUCUGGUUUGACUCCCAUCCACGUUGCGGCCUUCAUGGGUCACCUGAACAUCGUUCUGCUGCUGCUGCAGAACGGAGCUUCGCCGGACGUCAGCAACAUUCGUGGAGAAACAGCGUUACACAUGGCAGCCAGGGCAGGUCAGGUGGAGGUGGUUCGAUGUUUGCUGAGGAACGGAGCAAUCGUGGACGCCAGGGCUCGGGAGGACCAGACUCCCCUACAUAUUGCAUCCCGUCUGGGAAAAACUGAGAUUGUCCAGUUGCUGCUCCAGCACAUGGCCCAUCCUGAUGCUGCCACAAACAACGGCUACACCCCCCUCCACAUCUCCGCCAGGGAGGGGCAGGUGGAGACGGCCUCUGUGCUGCUGGAGGCUGGGGCUUCUCAUUCCCUGGCCACCAAGAAAGGUUUUACCCCCCUGCAUGUGGCCUCCAAGUACGGAAGCCUGGAUGUGACCAAACUUCUGCUCCAGCGUAAUGCUCCACCUGAUUCUGCUGGAAAGAAUGGCCUCACCCCCCUCCACGUCGCCGCACAUUAUGAUAACCAAAAGGUUGCACUCCUGCUUUUGGACAAAGGAGCGUCCCCCCUUACAAUGGCCAAGAACGGCUACACUCCUCUCCACAUCGCUGCCAAGAAGAACCAGAUGGAAAUCGCAACAGUGCUGCUGCAGUACGGAGCCGAGACCAACAUCCUGACCAAGCAGGGCGUCACCCCGCUCCAUCUGGCCUCCCAGGAGGGCCACGCCGGCAUGGCCGCCUUGCUCAUGAGCAACGGAGCCCCGGUCAACGUUCCCACCAAGAGUGGCCUGACUGCCCUCCAUCUGGCAGCCCAGGAAGACAAAGUGGCUGUUGCCGAGAUCCUCGCCAAAAACAGCGCCAACCUCGACCAGCAGACCAAAUUGGGAUACACUCCGCUGAUUGUAGCGUGUCACUAUGGUAACGUCAAGAUGGUCAACUUCCUGCUGCAGAAUGGAGCCGGCGUCAACGCCAAGACCAAGAAUGGAUACACUCCCCUUCACCAGGCGGCCCAGCAAGGCAACACACACAUAAUAAACGUUUUGCUGCAGCACGGCGCCAAGCCCAACGCUAUAACUGUGAAUGGUAACACCGCUCUGGGUAUUGCUCGGAGGCUGGGCUACAUCUCUGUAGUGGACACGCUGAGGGUCGUCACAGAGGAGAUCAUCACCACCACCACGACAGUGACAGAGAAACACAAGCUGAACGUGCCAGAGACCAUGACUGAAGUGCUGGACGUCUCCGAUGAAGAGGCUUUGAAAACCAUUGAUGAUGAUAUGUCAGACGACCCCAUGGAUUCUGAAGGCGACGACACGAUGACAGGCGAUGGAGGGGAGUACCUGAGGGCCGAGGACCUCAGGGAGCUGGGAGACGACUCCCUUCCCGGUCAGUACCUGGAUGGAAUGAACUACCUCCGCUUCAGCCUGGAGGGAGGACGCACUGACAGUUCAGACAGGUCCUUCACCCCCACCCACCAAAGCUACUACUCCCCUAAACAUGAAGGCAUGAUGGAGGAUAUGCUCACCAGCCACCAGGUUACAUCACUUGCCAGGGAGAAUGACAGGGAUUCAUACAGACUGAGCUGGGGAACAGAGAACCUGGAUAAUGUGGCGUUAUCCUCCAGCCCCAUCCACUCUGGCCGCUCCUCUCCGUGCCAUCAUGGAGACCACAGCAGCUUCCUGGUCAGCUUCAUGGUGGAUGCCAGGGGUGGAGCCAUGCGCGGUUGCCGACAUAACGGCCUGCGCAUCGUUAUCCCGCCCAGGAAGUGCAGCGCGCCCACACGGGUGACGUGUCGGCUGGUGAAGAGGCACCGUUUGGCCACCAUGCCCCCGAUGGUUGAGGGUGAAGGCCUGGCCAGCAGGCUCAUCGAGGUGGGGCCCUCCGGAGCCCAAUUCCUCGGUAAACUUCACCUCCCCACUGCCCCUCCACCUCUAAACGAGGGGGAGAGUUUGGUUAGCAGAAUCCUCCAACUCGGUCCACCGGGGACAAAAUUCCUCGGUCCUGUGAUUGUGGAGAUCCCCCACUUUGCUGCCCUGCGGGGGAAGGAGAGGGAGCUGGUGAUACUGAGAAGUGAGACAGGAGAAAGCUGGAAGGAGCAUCACUGUGAACACACCCAGGAGGAGCUCAACCAGAUACUCAAUGGCAUGGAUGAGGAGUUGGACACACCGGAGGAGCUGGAGAGGAAGCGCCUUUGCCGCAUCAUCAGCAGAGAUUUCCCACAAUACUUUGCUGUGGUGUCACGCAUCAAGCAGGACAGUAAUAUGAUUGGUCCUGAGGGAGGCAUCCUGAGCAGCACAGUUGUGCCCCAAGUACAGGCAGUUUUUCCUGAGGGGGCCCUCACCAAGAGGAUCAGGGUCGGACUGCAGGCCCAGCCAGUGAAUAUAGAUGUAGUGAGGAAGAACCUGGGGAACAAGGCGACCUUCAGCCCUAUUGUCACCCUGGAGCCCCGCAGGAGGAAGUUCCAUAAACCCAUCACCAUGACCAUCCCUGUUCCCAAGAGCAACUCCGACCCAGUCCUUAACGGGUUCGGAGGGGACAUGCCCACCUUACGCCUGCUCUGCAGUAUCACUGGUGGAACAACGCCAGCCCAAUGGGAGGAUAUAACAGGAACCACACCGUUAACAUUUAUCAAUGACUGUGUCUCCUUUACCACCAAUGUGUCUGCAAGGUUCUGGCUCAUAGACUGUCGGCAAGUACUGGAAUCUGUCAACUUCUCCACUCUGGUGUACCGAGAGAUCAUCUGCGUCCCUUACAUGGCCAAGUUCGUCAUCUUUGCCAAGACCCACGACCCCAUUGAGGCCCGCCUGCGCUGCUUCUGCAUGACAGACGACAAGAUCGAUAAAACCCUGGAGCAGCAGGAGAACUUCACUGAGGUGGCCCGGAGCCGAGACGUAGAGGUCCUGGAAGGAAAACCAAUCUAUGCAGACUGUUUUGGAAACCUUGUUCCCCUCACCAAAAGUGGCCAACAUCACCUCUUCAGCUUCUUCGCCUUCAAGGAGAAUCGUCUAGCGCUCUUCAUCAAAAUAAGAGACAACACUCAGGAGCCGUGUGGCCGUUUGUCCUUUAUGAAAGAACCGAGGAACUAUAGGUCAAUCACCCAGAAUGCUAUAUGCAACCUCAACAUCAACCUCCCAUCAUACUGUAAGGAGUCCGAUUCAGACCAAGAGCAAGAGGAAGAGACCAGCAAAACGCAAGAGAAAUAUGAAGAGCGGGUGACAUCAGUCCUGAAAUCAGAGCUGAUUCGAGAGCCUGACCUCCUAUCCGACGUGUCAGAGAUGAAACAAGAUUUGAUCAAAAUGACUGCCAUCUUGACUGCAGAUUCAACAGAGAAAUCCCCUUCCUUAGGGGGGUGUGGUCUAGAGAAAGGAACGGAGGACAUUUCUGGAGAACCGUUAGAAAUAAUGGAGAUGGACUUAGAAAAAGUCAAAGAGGACCUAGAAAAAGUCAGUGAGAUACUCAGGAGUGGAACAUAUGAGGGCGAGUUGGCAGAGGAGGCAACAAAAGCGGCUAGAAUGUCAGACGAGUGGGUUCUCCUUUCGGACAGUGAGAUAGAAGAGGCCAAAAAUAUGGCGGCUUUGGAAAUUCAGGAGCCUGUUUUACGGGAAAGUAGAUCUAACAGAGGGGCUCCCAGACCUAAAGCCAUAAAGGACAGUGGUGACCUUAAAGAAUACCUCCUGGAUGCACCAAUCUCCAAAGUAAAGAAAGAGCCAACCACCCCAGAAAAAUUCACUGAUGUUGUUCUGCGUAAAGGUGCGAAAACAACUCCUACGACCAAAGUGCAAGUAAAAACAACUCCUGGUGAUGUUAAAAAAACAGUAAGAAGAAAGGGGAAAGACCAGAGCCAGUCAGAGGAAUCAAUAGAGGCAGGUGGUCUCUUAAGUGUGUCAACAGCUCCCGCUCCAGUAUCGCCUGUAUCCCCAGUGGUUGAAGAAACUCCCAUAGGGUCAAUAAAGGACAAAGUCAAAGCUUUACAACAGAAAGUUGAGGCAGAGCAAAAGAUCAAAAAGGUCACUGGAAGCAUGCCUUCACAUUUGCCUGUUAAGGGCAAAUCCUCUCCCAAAGCCAAAGAAAGCCCUAAAUUGGGUUCCCCUAAAUCCCCUAAAACUGAAUCUGAGAAACUUGAGGAGACCAUGUCAGUUAAAGAACUGAUGCAAGCAUUCCAGACGGGGCAAGACCCCUCAAAGAGAAAGUCUGGGCUGUUUGAGCUCAAAACAUCCACAACAUCAAGAUCAGAGAAAAUCUCAAAAUCAGAAACCAUCCAAUCAAAAUCCAUGACCAAAGCAAUGACAUCACGUGUUUCUGAAGAGCGAGAACUAUCUUUGGAUUCAAAACCCUGCAAGAAAGUCACGACUCAGCAAGACAGAGAGAAUGAAAACAAGUCAGUUGCUCCUGCCCAUUCAGAGCUGACUGAAACUGUAGACUUUGGAAAUUGUGGCCUUGAUGACAGCUCGGACAGCUCAAAACAUGAGGGGGUGGCAGAUUCACUAAGUGCUAGCUCUGGAGAUGGAACUCAUCCAAGCUCUGAGGACAGCUAUAAACAUGAGGGUUUAGCCACACCAGGCACAAGCCCUGAAAGUCUGUCUCUUUCUCCCAAAUCUGGACAGCACGCAACUUCAUCACCAGCUACCACAACAGUCAAAAAACAAAGUAAAGACAGCGACAAGUCUGGAGACUCUGGUUUAGGGGCCACUGGUGAACAACUAUCAACUGAAUUGUCCCUCCCUGUUUCUUCCAGCGAGGCUCCUGAUGACCACAUUACAAGUGAGUCCACAUCUGUUAGGAGGAGUGAGUCUAAGCCAUCUAAACCUCAAAAGCUUACAAAGAGAAAUUCAGAGACAGUAGAAACCUUGCUUAGCGAUGAUGAGAGCCCUGAUCGUCCGUUAGAGUUGGCUUUAAUCGGUUCUCCAGCCUCUAGAUUCUUGUCUCAGCGUCAACAAAGCUUAGAGCUGCCUUUAAAACAAGAUUCAGAUGCGCUCAGUCCAUUAGCUGAUGACUCUUUGACAAUUAGCCACAGAGACUCUCUUGAUGGUAGUCCUCUUAUGGAAGAAAAUUCCUCGCUUAAGUCCCCAGACUCCAUUGAACCUAGCCCAACCAAGGAAUCACCUCCUCAUGACUCCUUGGAGAGCAGCCCGGUAGAGCCAAAAAUCCACCUUCCCUUCCCAUCAACACUAGGUUCACCCAGUAAAUCCUCUAGCCAACCUGAGCCCAUCAAAACCACAGAAUUCCCGCAGGAUGCUUUGUGUGGUAGGCUGCUUCGAGACCAUGAGGCUAGUGCUGAUGAUGACAAUUGUGAGCCGACAUCUCAGAUGACUAGUUCCGGUAAGAGUCCCCUCUCCCCCGAUACUCCUAGUUCUGAAGAGGUAAGUUAUGAGGUAAACCCCAAACCCCCUGACCAUACGUUCCUCUCUGUUCCAUCCACACCGGCUGUCAUCCCUGAAGACCCAGAAGAAGAGGAUACAUCAGACAGUUAUGAAACUAAAAGAAAAAUCACUCCAGAGGAGGAAAUGUUUAAGAUGGCAGCCAAAAUAAAAACAUUUGAUGAAAUGGACCAAGACGCGAAGAGCAAAAAGAAGUCUAGAAAAGAUUUGUUUCCCUCAGCAGAUGCCAAAAUAGGGGAUGACAGCUAUGAAACGUUAGAGCCCAAAAGUGAGAAGCUUUCGCAAAGUGAAUGUGGGCUCGAUAAACCCACAGAAGAUUCAAAGUUAGCUCUUUUUGUUGAUCCCCAUAUUAAAGUGAACCCUCCCUCUCCUCUUUCAGCAGGUUUGCAUGAUGGAUCCCACAGCAAAGAGCCCAAGGACACACCAACAACAACCAGUGUCACUUCAGAGGGGCCUAACCCUGUCUCAGACCAGCAUCAUUCAAACACUGAACUGAACACCUCACAGGGACAAAGUCUCUCACCAUCUGUAAAAUGUGACACAGACAAAAAGUCUUCUGAAACAUUGAACAGUGAAAACAGGACUGAUGAACAAAAGGAAGAAUGCUUAAGGAAGUCAACAGAUUGCAAAGGAGACAACACAAAUGGUCAAGAGUUAGGGGCCUGCAGGCUAGAGACUGGUACAGUAACACCAGGUAGCAAUGUAACAGAUGAAGUCAAAGGAGAUCCAGGGGAGCAUACAGCAGUUCCAGAAGCUACACUGGGUCCAACUGUUGCCCCAGAUCAAACAAAGGAAAUGUUCAAACCUGAGGUCUGCAUCUACGAUGACACAGAGGAAGAGGAUGAGGCAUUGGAACUUCCCAGAACUGAGUCCAAAGGUGUAACUGCAAAGGCAGACACUGACUCAUGGUCUGCCAUGCGGGAGGAUGAUGACACUUUUGCAGCUCGAGUCCAAGAGGAGGAACAGAAGAUACUGAAUUUAGUGGUGGACCGUCAGUCUGGUCAAGCAACUCCAGACACAACACCUGGUAGAACACCAACAGAAGAGAGCACUCCGACCAGUGAACCCAACCCUUUUCUGUUCCAAGAAGGGAAGCUCUUUGAGAUGACCCGAAGUGGUGCUAUUGACAUGACUAAGAGAAGCUAUGAGGAAGAGGGGGGUGGCUUUGCCUUUUUCCAGAUAGGUGAACCGCCUCUAGAGGAGCCUCUCUUAGAAGAGGCAAGGCAAGAAGGUAGUAGAUCAGCAGCAGAACCUGAAGUUGGCCUCAAUCUUGUACUAGAGGUUAAGACUGAGGAAGCUAACAAAUAUAAAGAAACAUCUGAUUCUCAGCUUCAAUCCCCACCACAAGGUGAUCAGACAGCCUCAAAGGCUGAUGCCUCCAAAUCUAAAAUUCCUAAAAUGGGCAUUUCAGCUUCAGCCAAACCUACAAAGAAAGAUCAGUCAUCCCCUGAAGGUGUAGAUAUUAAAUCAGACAAACAUCUAAAUGAAGCAUCCUUAGAUGUAGACACAAGUUUCUCUGAGCAAAUGAUACAAACAGCAGAAACUACAGUUACAAGAUCUGUUUACUCUGAGCAAGGCCAAGAGUCCUCUGACUCCUCCCCAGAGGAACCACAGUCAGUGAUAGAAGCCCCUAAAGCAACAGGCAAACCUAAACAAAAUGCCUCCAGUAGUGUUAAAAAGACUACAGGCAAAACACAAGCUAACUCUGCUCCUCAAGGUAGGGGUAAAUCCGCAAACCAAUCUAAUACAACUUCCUCUUCAACCUCUUUAAAAAAAGAGGCCUCCUUCACAUCUGAAUCUAAAUCUAAAAUUCCUAUUAAGUCGAGCACCAUCAAGCCUGAUUCUGCUGUCAAACGUGUAGAAUCGACCCAAGACAAAAAGCUUAAAGUCCCAGUUAAAAAGGAUUCCAGGAGAAAAUCUGAGACAGACGCAGGUCCCUCUGUGGAUUUGAAAACCAAGAAAACAACUGCCAAAGCAAAGAGCUUCUGUGAGGGGGAGUCUAAGGGGCCCAGUACAAAAAAAUCAAAAGGAUUCCAGUCCAAAUUGCCAGUCCGGGGCAAAACUGGUCAGUCAUCUCAUUCCCCAGCACCCACUAAAGAGAAAAGUAUGCCCCGCAAAAAGUCCAUUGAGUUCUUUGAGGAGAUAAGCGAUGAGGCGGCAAAACUCGUUGCAAGGUUGGCACAGGCAGAGAAAGAGAGAGAACAAGAGGCCGCAGCUGCCAUCUCGGAUGACGAGAGCAGUCUCAUUGAUCCAUCAAUCAUAGAACGGGAAACUUUCUCUGAGAUGCAGUUCCCUCCUUCAGUCGACGUCUUUCCUAUUAGACCACUGUGGGACGACCCUGUGGAGACACAGAUGCAGCGAAUUCCAGAUGAUAAAGUCCAAAGUCAAGUAGACCCACAGGAUGAAGCAGAGAGAAAAGAGCAACGGUUGGCCAUUAUAGCUGACCACUUGGGCUUCAGCUGGACGGAGUUGGCACGAGAAGUGGAGUUCAGUGAGGAGAGGAUAAAUCUGAUAAGGAUUGAAAACCCCAACUCCCUACAAGACCAAAGCCAUGCCCUCUUGAAACUCUGGGCAGAGAGGGAGGGAAAGCAUGCCACAGAAUCAACACUGAUCGAAAGACUGACAAAGAUCAACCGAAUGGACAUUGUUCACCUCAUUGAAACCAAGUUUAUCAAGUCCACUCAGGAGGAGAUGUCCUCACACACCUAUGCAGAAAUUGAGCGGACAAUAGCACUGGAUCAUAGUGAAGGUUUCUCUGCCCUUCAUGAAGACAUUGACAGCCCUCGGCCAGGCAGGCGCACAGGGACAGCCAGUAGGAGUCCAGGCUCAGGACAGGAGGUACCCAUGGUGACAGCAGAGGACCUGCCCUUCAGUAUAUCAUUACUUCCUGAGACGACAGGAUGCUCAGAGACAGACUCCGCAGCAACAGGCCUUCUUAGAAAUGACCGGAAGGAGAAACUACAAAAAGAAAUGGAAAUGAAAUACUCGUCACAAAGAAUAUAUGAGGAAAUGAAGGACUCUGUACACACAGGCGGUUUUAAACAAGCUGACAACUUGCCAGACAUCCCACCACAGACUGUCACAGAGGAGAAGUACACAGACGAGCAAGGGAACAUGGUGACUAGGAAGAUCACACGGAAGGUGAUUCGUAAGUACGUGUCUGCGGACGGCAUGGAGUCACAGGAAGUGACCAUCGAGGGCUCUCACCAGGAAACGGUGCAGAUCGAGGAGGGAGACACCGUGUCCAGAGUGGUGAAGAGAACUGUCAUUCACAGUGAGGGGGAUCAGAAAGAGCUGACAUUCUCCGAGCCCCGGGCUGCCGCAUCCGAGUUUGAGAUGGAGCCAGUGCAGGGUCGAAAGGUCAGCAAGGUUGUCAAGACAACGGUGGUGAAAGGCAAGAGGAUGGAGAAGCAGACGGGGGACCCCUCGCUGGCUGCAGACCUCCCCUCAGCCAGAGAGGACUUUGAGAAGGCUUUGAGUUAUGCUGGAGGCUUUGGGAAACAGCUCCUGCCUCAUGUUGUAGAGAGGGAGUCUGUGCAGGAUGACGGUUCUGUGGUUAGAAGAAGCCACAUGCGUAAGUCGAGAACCCAGAAGAGGACGGUGGUGAGGGACGCCCGGGGGAAGCACGUGCACCUGGAGCGGCUGGAUGACACCCCCGACGCCCAGCAGGCCGACUCCCUGCAGCAGCACCUGCACCGACUGCUCCAGCACUACUGUGAGGACAACAGGGAGGAGGAGGAGGAGGAGGAAGAGAAGGAGAGCUUAGACUGAGCAGCUGCUUCCACUGAUCCUCUCCCUGUGUCUCCCACUGAAGCCAUUGGUGCUGAUCAAGAUGGAACACAUCCCCUUCCUGUUUCUCUUCUUUUUGUCAAUGGAACAGUAUUUUGUGCUUGAACGUCUCCCCCCCCCCCCCCUCACAUUGUGUUUCGCUCUUUUUGUAACCAAAGAUAGUUCCCGUUUUUUUGUUGGACUCAUUAUUUUCUGUUACACGUCUCGGCUGCUGCGGUGUGGCCAAAGUGCGAUGCACCAAAGGUGGAUCAAUAUCGAACGCGGGGGCCCCUCGGACGUUUCGCCUCACGCACGGGCCUCUUCUUGAGGAACUCUUGUAAAAACAUUUGUAUAUAGAGGAGACGAAAAGAUCGUGCUUGGACCGGAAAGAAAACAAACCUAAGCAUUUAAAUCGUUAGCCCGCCCGAAACCUGCUGUACAUGCACCGAUUCAGCUGGAGAAUGGCCCCUGUACAGAUGAGAUUAAUGUUAAUGAACCGGGACGAGUGAAAGUGUAUCAUCAUGGACUCUUUAUACAGCAAAACAUCCACCGGCUGAUGUGUUUACAAUGGCUGUGUGAACACACCUUUUGUUUUCCCAUGAUGCAUCUGCACCCCCUUUUUGUUUUGUUCACGUGUCCGUCCCAACGUGUGUCGUGCAUUUCACAUUCUAUCUUCCGCAGAGCUGCCACCUCUGUGUGUGUAUAUAUACAGUGUGUCUAUCGAGAGAGAGAGAGAGAGCAGUGAUGAGGAGUGGAUGUCCUCCUGUCGUCUGUGCUUGCCCCUCCAUCAGCGCGUCUCCACACCUCAAACUGCAGCAGUGCUCAUGUUGCUGUCCUCUAGGAAGCCUUGUCCAGGAGCAGUCUGGUUCGUUUUUUUUCUUACUGUCAGCAAAUCCCACGAAGGAGCCCGAAAUAACAAUGAUAACGAGUGUUGUGUGUGUGUGUGUGUGUGUGUGUAUCAAAACCUGAUCAAUCUUAUUUCCUUGUUGAAUCAAUCUAUUAAAGGCACGUGUUACACAUUAUCAUCAACAAUUAACAGAACAUUUAAUGUAAUAUUAGUCCUAAUCUUUAGAUUUGAUUUUGCUCUCAAUCAUUUUAUUCAACAGCUGCGUUUCACCUCAUUUCACAUGUCAAAUUCAGAAACUAUGAAUUCAUAGCAGUCUGUGUUACGACCUGCAGGGGGCAUUAACCAGUCUAAGAGGGUCUAACGAAAGAUGGAAUCAGAUUGCAAUAUGGGAAGAGUUGGAGGAACAAGAGCAUUUUCAUGACCCAUACUAAAGGUCAAGAUAUCUUAGUGUCUCUUUGAUGAACCGUCACCAUCGAGUCAAAAACAGUAACACCAACACACACACACACAAAACAUUUUUGUUUUUUUAUUUAUAUAUUUAUUUAUCUGUUUUUUAAGCAAUUGUAACAUUUACAUUGUAUAUACGUAUAAUUUCUAUUCUGUCAAGUCUGUUCACUGUGUUGAGCUGAGAACUUUAGAUUUAUUGAGACCCCAACAAAUGCACUAUUUCUCCUUUUUGUGUAACGUUCAUUAAAAUCCUGAGUUAGCAGAUGUUUUUAGGAAACGGCUGCAAACAGAAAGGAUAUGUGUGUGUGGGGUUGGUUGGUUUUAAACUGGGAGCUGAGAGUCCCAGUCAGAGCGGGGGGAUCAAACGGACUGUACCAUUGUUGCUUUUGGUUUUGUGAACAGAUUUGUUGACACUAAUAAACCAUAGACGGACAACAUACAUGUCCUUUUAGAAUUUAGUCAACACACUUUAUGUAUAAAUGCUUUGCAUUAACUGCUGAUGUGGAUUGGACUUUUGUUGUUAUCACUGCUCUGGAAGGAAUCGACCGAUCUUCCCAAAACCCGAGGAAACACAGACUUCCUUUUGCCGUCCGUUAUCAUUUCUGUACUUCUUUAUUUAUUUAUUACCCUCCAUUUAUGAACUGUACAGAGAACUCCAGCAGUUGAAGCUGAGAGGGGUGUGUGUGUGUGUGUGUGUGUGUCUGUGUUUGAAUGUAUUCUAAAGCUAACGGUAAAGACAAAUGAAGAUUCCUUUGCCCACCCCCCAUCAUUGAUUAACAGAUUUGUUGAAUUGAAAGUUGCUUUGAGACUGACAAAUCAUGUUUGGUGUUGAUCUACAGUCGGGAAAUGAACCGUGUAAAGAUACGAUCCUCAUGUUGCCAUGUAAUUUGAGUGUGAUCCAUUGGAAGAAUAAAAGAACGGUGUCCAAAAAGAGACCAUUGAUUCGAUAAAUGAGCAUCUUGUUUCCAUUGUGAUGACAAUAUAUACGUAUUAACAGUGCAAAUAUCUACUCCGGCAUGUGUGACACAUUAUUACAAAAAAAUAAACCUGAAACGCUAAACAAGGCCUAGCAGCUGCAGUGUGUACGUGGCAGAACAAUAAAACUGUACAUGUUAA